AUGGAAGGAAUGGAAGGAAUGGGAAGGGAAUGGGAAGGGAAUGGGAAGGGAAUGGGAAGGGAAUGGGAAGGAAUGGAAGGUGAAGGGAAAUGGAAGGAAUGGAAGGAAUGGAAGGGAAUGGGAAGGGAAUGGGAAGGAAGGAAUGGAAUGGAAGGGAAUGGUAAGGGAAUGGGAAGGAAUGGGAAUGGAAUUGGGAAGGGAAUGGGAAGGGAAUGGGAAGGAAUGGAAGGGAAUGGAAAGGAAUGGAAGGGAAUUGGAAAGGGAAUGGAGGAAUGGAAGGAAUGGGAAAGGGAAAUGGAAGGGAAAUGGAAGGGAAUGGGAAGGGAAUUGGAAGGGAAUGGGAAGGGAAUGGAAGGGAAUUGGAAAGGGAAUUGGAAGGUGAAGGAAUGGGAAGGGAAUGGGAAGGGAAUGGAAUUGGAAUUGGAAGGGAAUUGGAAGGUAAUGGAAGGGAAUGGGAAGGGAAUGGGAAGGGAAUGGAAGGGAAUGGAGGAAUGUGAAGGGAAUUGGAAGGGAAUGGGAAUGGAAUGGAAGGGAAUGGUGAAGGGAAUGGGAAGGGAAUUGGAAAGGAAUGGGAAGGAAUGGUGGAAUGAAUGGGAAGGGAAUGGGAAUGGAAGGAAUGGAUUGGAAAGGGAUGGAAAGGUAUUGGAAGGAAAUGGAUGA